AGCGUCGAAAAGGAAUCAAUAAGAGAACUUUGCACAAUUUGCUUCAUUCGUGAUAUUGUUUCGCUCGCCAUGUGUUCACCGUCUUGAACACCCUCCAUGUUUGCCAAUGUUUGCCGUAUCCAGUACACGAAGAUAUCCGUGUUCACAUACCAGGCAAAACAAAUCAAUAACUCGCAUAUGUUUCUAUUGAUCUUACGUUUCCAAAUUUCAAGUUAAAAUCAUCCAACUGAUUGUUUGAGUAUUCCUAGCACUUUCGUCGCAUCCAACAUGGCUGGACGAAGUGGUUUUGAUGGAAAUAGGGACUAUGGAGGAGGCGGAAGAAGAAAGAAACCUCUACCUACAGCACCCCCAUACAUAGCCUAUGUUGGAAAUAUGCCAACUGAUGUCAUCCAAUGUGAUGUUGAUAAAAUAUUUCAGGAUUUCAAUGUCAAAGGUGUUCGUAUGAUUCGUGACAGAGAAACUGAUAAGUUCAAGGGCUUCUGUUAUGUGGAGUUUGAGGACCUUGGUAAUUUGGAAAGAGCUUUAGAACUUGAUGGGAUGGUAGAUGUAGAAGGUUGUCGUAUUAAAAUUGAUGUAGCUGAAGAUAAAAAAGGAGAUAGAGGUGGUGAUAGAGGCCGUGGAGGAAGAGGUGGAAGGGGUUUUGGAGGCAGAUCCGAUCGUGUAGAUGAUUUUGGUGGCGGCGGUGGCGGCUUUAGCGACCGAGGCAGAAGAGAUGUUAGCAGCCGUGGUGGACCACCUGGACCUCAGUUUGACCCACGUGGUAAUCGGGGAAGCUAUGGUCAUUUUGAAGAAGGUGGGGGUGGCGGCGGUGCCGGCGGCGGCGUUGCUGGUGGCGGUGGUGGUGGAGGAGGACCUGAUGGUGGGAGAGAUUGGAAUCGACCAAUGAAUCGAAGUGGACCCCCAAUGGGUGGAGGAGGCGGCGGCAGCGGCGGCAGUGGAGCUGCUGGAGGCGGUGGUGCCUUUGGAGGACGGUCACGGUCUGAUGGAAGAGAUCGGAGGCCAUUUCCUGAUGAUAUUAAAGAUCCUUCAACAGUGGACACUUCUGGACGUCCUAGGCUGCAGUUACAGCCCAGAACUGUGAAAGAGCCAAUCAACGCACUAGCAGAAACCAGCCAAUCAUCUAAGAUUUUUGGUGGUGCAAAACCUCGUGAAGAGAAAAUGAACCCAGCAAAGCCAUAAACUUUUUUCUAAAGAAAUUGUGCAGACAUAAAAUUAUGAAUUUAAUAUUUAUAACUGGUCAGCUGCAUUUGCAGAACUGAGUAAAAAUAACCUACUUUGCGUCCAUACCCAGGUCAUCAGUUGUGGUAUUUUACUUGGAGAAACAAUUGUUUGAAAGAAAUGUUGAUUAUCAUUGUUAAUAUUUACUCUUGUCUUCUUUUUUUUUUUUUUUUUUUUUUUUAUUCCUUAGUAAAAUGACAUUAUGUAUCUAGUUCAAAAAGAAAUCAUGUUACAUAUGCAUGCAGGCUUGUACAGUUCGCUUUACUAUUACUUUCUUUUGGAAUACAUUUUUUGAGAAAAAGCUAAGUUCUAAGGAAUACUAAAAGAAUAGUGUUAGUAAUACAUUAAUUCUAGGCCAAUUGCGUAGAGAUUUCAUGAAGGCUGCUAAAUGGUUUUAAGGUUUGCCAAAAAUUUUGUGUCUUGCAAGGUGUGAUUUUGGAGUGGAUGCAAACACUCUGUGAUUCAGUGACUCUUCUACAAAGUGACAAUUAUGUUAGAAAUAAUGUGUACGAAAGAGACGUUUGUUCUUGUACAUGUGGUGAAUAUUUACUUAUAUAUAUGAGAGUGUGCAUGGGAUUGGCAUCUUUAUGUACACAUUAGGUUAAUCAUGCAAAACAAGAACAAUGAUAAAAGAAAUGGUAAACGAUUUUUUUAAAACAAAAGUUUAAAAAUAACAAGUUGUUCAAAUACUAUGUAAAAAAAAAUAAUUUCAAUAUUGUGAACAUAUUGAUGAACUGUGUUAUAAAGGAAGCAGAGGUGUAAAGUGAAUUAAAGAAGACUUAAAGGACUUGAACUGGCAUAGAAGAUUUUAUACUGUAUUCUAUAAGUCUUUUAAGUGAUUCAAAUCUAAUUGUGUUGUGUUUAAUAUGUGAACCUAUGAGUUUUCAGGUUUGAUGUUAGAUUUACCUUUAUUUGUUAAAUAUUUUUGGAAAGAUGGAUUGUGAUGUCUUAAUUCAUAACAAUAAAAAUCACUGCUGAAGUUGCAUUAUGAAGCACAAAUUUCUUUUCCACUUUUGUGCCAGAGCUGAAAUUUACAUAUUGUUGGAAUUACUGUUGUGUAGGUAAAAAUAUGAUCAUAAUAUAUGGAUAAAGAAAUAAUUGAAUUUGAUUUAUUCUUCCCUAUUUUGGCUAGUGAAGAAGCUAUAAUUUCAAAUUCCUGGUUUAAUAACUAUUAGUAAGCUUAAAAAAUCAAAAUAAAGAUGACUCAAAUAUUCAAUUGCUUGUCUUGUGAGAUAAAUAAAUGAUGAUUUACAAAACUGUCUCUUCAUUCAUUCAAUGUUCAUGAGCAUAAAUCUCAGGAGGAAGGAAACGUUUUUUCUCUGGCGAUUUCAAUUUUAUUACUUUAAUAGAUGCAAUUCCCUUUUGUUGCCACUAUAUGAACACUUCCUUGUACUCUUUUCUUUGGACAUUGCCAGUCAUAGACGAUUGUUUAGAAGGUGAAUGAGACCACAUGAUAAGAGAGUUUGAGGAAUAUUCCAUGAGCUUUUUUACAAUGUUAGAUGAGUUAGCCAUGAGAUCUUUUAAAUAAGACUAUUAAAACUCAGCAAAGCAAUGUGGGUGUUUAUGUACUUUUCAUGUGGCAAACAGAAUGUGAUUGAUAAAAGAAAAGAAUUGCUGUUCCAGAAAAUAAAGGUUCCAAGUACUAUGCUUUAAAAGAAGUGUGAUUUUUUUAAGAAUAAUAUUGAGGUAAGCUACAUGAAUGAUGUGGGCAACAUCUUUUUGGUUGAAUGAUCACGUCACCUGUUUUUUUGUAACUGAAUUAUUGGUGCAGACACUAAAGUUUCAAAUUUUCUUAAAUAACUUGUAAUGGAGAUUUUGUUUUAAUUUUCCUAUUGUGGUCAUCUUUCUUUUUUUCUGUCCAAUGAGCACUGUCAAAUUGCAUUACAAUUUCC